ACCAGGGUUGAUAUCUGAACACCACAGUCGUAGCAAAAUAAACGAAAUGGCUUCCGUAUUCAAGGUCCUCAUUCCCCUAGCCUUAGCUACUGUAGCAGUAUCGGUGAAGUCAGGAGGCUACUCCUACAACAGGUUCAGUGGGCCUGUCAGCGGCAAAAUCAUCGAGGUCCAAGUCCCAGCUGCCCAGGGAAUCCCCGCUCAGCAACACGCAGACUAUGGUUACGACCAUAACUCCGGUCAGAUCCAUCCAGACACUGCCAAAUACGCGCAUUUGAAGACCGUUGAUUAUGUGGCGAAGCCCGACUAUCACUACGCUUAUGGCGUAGAAGAUCCCCAUACCGGUAACCUCCAAAACCACAAGGAGCACCGCGAUGGUGACGUCGUCACUGGAGAAUACUCUCUGGUUGAGCCCGACGGUUCCAUUCGUCUAGUCAAAUACACUGCUGACCCCAAAAAUGGAUUCCAGGCUGUGGUGCACAAAAAGGCUGGCGGUCAAGCGCAACAACCCAUCCACUACGGACGCAAACAACAACAACAAGAAGACGACGAAUCUCGAGAAUACUAG